AGGAGGAGGAGGAGGAGGAGGGAGAAGCCGGCGGAGGUCCGGAUCUCUGGGCGGCCGCAGCAGCCGCAGCCCGGCCGGACUCCUGGGUCCUUCCCCGGCCCGGCCCGGCCGCUUCCUCCUCCAGGGGGGCCGCCAGCCUGCCACCGAGGACUUGGGGGGGCGGGAGGGGAAGGAGGUCGCUUUUUGGGGGGGCUCCCCCCCGAACACCCGCAACUUUUGCAGCCGGAGGAGGCCCCCCGCGGAGGCCGGAGCGAGAAGGCGUCAUGGGCAGCAAGGGUCACUACCGGUACCACUGGCAGAGCCACAACGUCAAGCACAGCGGCGUGGACGACAUGGUCCUCCUGUCCAAAAUCACGGAAGACUCCAUCGUGGAGAACCUGAAGAAGCGAUACAUGGACGAUUAUAUUUUUACAUACAUCGGCUCGGUCCUGAUCUCCGUCAACCCUUUCAAGCAGAUGCCGUACUUCGGAGACAAGGAGAUCGAGAUGUACCAGGGAGCCGCUCAGUAUGAAAACCCCCCCCACAUCUACGCUCUCGCCGACCACAUGUACAGGAACAUGAUCAUCGACCGGGAAAAUCAGUGCGUCAUCAUCAGCGGGGAGAGCGGGGCGGGGAAGACGGUGGCCGCCAAGUACAUCAUGAGUUACAUCUCCAGAAUCUCCGGCGGAGGCCCCAAGGUGCAGCACGUGAAGGACAUCAUCCUCCAGUCCAACCCGCUGCUGGAGGCCUUCGGGAACGCCAAGACCGUGCGGAACAACAACUCCAGCCGCUUCGGGAAGUAUUUCGAAAUCCAGUUCAGCCCCGGCGGGGAGCCGGACGGCGGAAAGAUCUCCAACUUCCUCCUGGAGAAGUCGCGGGUGGUGAUGAGGAACGUCGGGGAGCGGAGCUUCCACAUCUUUUACCAGCUGAUCGAAGGGGCCUCCCCGGAGCAGAAGCACGGCCUGGGCAUCACCAGCAUGGACUAUUACUACUACCUGAGCCUCUCGGGGUCCUACAGGGUGGACGACAUCGACGACCGGCGCGACUUCCAGGAGACGUUGCACGCCAUGAACGUGAUCGGCAUCUUCGCGGAGGAGCAGACGCUGGUGCUGCAGAUCGUGGCCGGGGUGCUGCACCUGGGCAACAUCAGCUUCAAGGAGGUCGGGAACUACGCCGCCGUGGAGAGCGAGGAGUUCUUGGCCUUCCCGGCUUUCCUCCUGGGCAUCAACCAGGCCAGGCUGCGGGAGAAGCUGACCAGCCGGCAGAUGGACAGCAAGUGGGGCGGCAAGUCCGAGUCCAUCCACGUGACGCUGAACGUGGAGCAGGCCUGCUAUACCCGCGACGCCCUGGCCAAGGCCCUGCACGCCCGCGUCUUCGACUUCCUGGUGGACUCUAUCAACAAGGCCAUGGAGAAGGACCACGAAGAGUACAACAUCGGCGUCCUGGACAUCUACGGCUUCGAAAUCUUCCAGAAAAACGGCUUUGAGCAGUUCUGCAUCAACUUUGUGAACGAGAAGCUGCAGCAGAUUUUCAUCGAGCUGACCCUGAAGGCGGAACAGGAGGAGUACGUGCAAGAAGGAAUCCGCUGGACCCCCAUCGAGUACUUCAACAACAAAAUAGUGUGCGACCUCAUAGAGAGCAAAAUCAACCCGCCCGGGAUCCUGAGCAUCCUGGACGACGUGUGCGCCACCAUGCACGCCGUGGGCGAGGGCGCCGACCAGACGCUGCUGCAGAAGCUCCAGAUGCAGAUUGGGACCCAUGAGCACUUCAACAGCUGGAACCAGGGGUUCAUUAUCCAUCACUACGCCGGGAAGGUUUCCUAUGACAUGGACGGAUUCUGCGAGAGGAACCGCGACGUCUUGUUCAUGGAUCUCAUCGAGCUCAUGCAGAGCAGUGAGCUGCCCUUCAUCAAGUCCCUGUUCCCAGAGAGCCUCCAGGCCGAAAAGAAGGGCCGCCCCACCACGGCCGGCAGCAAGAUCAAGAAACAAGCCAACGACCUGGUGGGGACCCUGAUGAAAUGCACCCCGCACUACAUCCGCUGCAUUAAGCCCAACGAGACCAAGAAGUCCCGCGACUGGGAGGAGAGCAGGGUGAAGCACCAGGUGGAGUACCUGGGUCUGAAGGAAAACAUCCGCGUGAGGAGAGCCGGGUACGCCUACCGCCGCGUUUUCCAGAAAUUCCUGCAGAGGUACGCCAUCCUGACCAAGGCCACGUGGCCGGCCUGGAAGGGGGACCAGAAGCAGGGCGUCCUCCACCUGCUGCAGUCGGUCAACAUGGACGCCGACCAGUACCAGCUGGGGAGGAACAAAGUCUUCAUCAAAGCCCCCGAGUCCCUGUUCCUGCUAGAGGAGAUGAGGGAGCGGAAGUACGACGGCUUCGCUCGGGUGAUCCAGAAGUCUUGGAGGAAGUUUGUGGCCCGAAAGAGAUACGUACAAAUGAGGGAAGAAGCCUCGGACCUGCUGCUCAACAAGAAGGAGCGCAGACGCAACAGCCUCAACCGGAACUUCGUCGGCGACUACAUCGGGCUGGACGAGCGCCCGGAGCUGCGCCAAUUUGUGGGCAAGCGGGAGAAGAUCGACUUUGCCGACACGGUCACCAAAUACGAUCGCAGGUUCAAGGGCGUGAAGCGGGACCUGAUCCUGACGCCGCGCUGCCUCUACCUGAUCGGUCGGGAGAAGGUGAAGCAGGGCCCCUCCAAGGGCCAGGUGCAGGAGGUGCUGAAGCGCCGGAUGGAGGUGGAGCGGAUCCUGGCCGUGUCGCUCAGCCCGCUGCAGGACGACCUCUUCAUCCUGCACGAGCAGGAGUACGACAGCCUGCUCCAGUCCGUCUUCAAAACGGAGUUCCUCAGCCUCCUGGCCAAGCGCUUCCAGGAGAAGACCCAGAGGCCGCUUCAGCUCUCGUUCAGCAACACGCUGGAGCUGAAGCUGAAGAAGGAGAGCUGGGGGCCGUGGAGCGCCGGAGGGUCUCGCCAGGUGCAGUUCCAGCUGGGCCAGGGGGACGUGGCCCUCCUCAAACCCAGUAACAAGGUGCUGCAGGUCAGCAUCGGGCCCGGCCUGCCCAAGAACACCCGCCCCACGCGGAAGAACACGGUCCAGGGCCGGGGCUUCCCCAGUGCGGCCCAGAACCCCACGUACCCGCUGCGCGCUGCUCCCCCACCUCCAGGUCACGGCCACCACCAGAACGGUGGCAUCAAAGGCCCCGGGUUCGCGCCUCGCCCUCAGGCGCCCGCCAACCAGCGGACCAAUCAGAAGACUCUCUACACGUCCAUGGCGCGCCCGCCCCUCCCUCGGCAGCUCUCCUCGGGCUCCGACCGUGUCUCCGCUCAGCCCGAGAGCCUGGAUUUCCUCAAGGUCCCGGACCAAGGGGCAGCCGGGGCCCGGAGGCAGACGACGAGCCGACCCCCGCCCGCGGGCGGCCGACCCAAGCCUCAGCCCAAGCCCAAGCCGCACGUCCCGCAGUGCCGGGCCCUCUACGCCUACGACGCCCAGGACACGGACGAGCUAAGCUUCAACGCCAACGACAUCAUCGAGAUCGUCAAAGAAGACCCGUCCGGCUGGUGGACAGGCCGGCUGCGCAGCAAACAAGGACUCUUCCCCAGCAACUACGUGACCAAGAUCUGAGCGGGGGCCGGCCAGCCCGCCUGCCGGGGCCCCGGCGCGGCGGGCAGACGCGACACGGGACGUGGAACCUUCCUCCCCGUCCCCUCCACGACAGCACAUUCCCGCCGUGGCCCGGGCAUCCCGGGUGGAAGCCCAAGGAGCCCGCAGCCCCUGCCCGUUACGCAACCCCCGUCCCCAGUGACGGGGCCACUGUGGCACUCGGCUGCGGGUAUUUAUUCUAUUUAAGCCUGGGGCGCCCGAGCCGGACCCGGGGCGAACUGACCACGUGCCUGCAGCUGGAGAGUGCUCGGAUUUUCUUCUUUAAGGCUUGGGUGCAUUCGGUCCCCUUGGUUCCAAGGGGGGCUGCCCAGCCCCGGGCCGGGGGUCUCCCGCGCCUGGCGGGCUGAGGGCGGGGGCUCCCGUCGGAGCUCCGGGGCCGGGGCGGGCCCUCCUCCCCGGUUCCCGCACCCCAGCUUUGGGACGCCGUUCAAAUGUGGCUGGCCCAUGUUGGCGUGGGCUUUCACGCCGGCCGGUGCCGGCUGGACCUCUCUCUCUCCCCCUCCCUCCGGCCGUUCACGGACAGAAGGGCGUGGACGCCGCGGAGCGACCCGCGUGUUGCCAGCGGGGGCCGGGGGCGCCCGCCUCAGUCCACCGGCCGCCCCGCUCCUGCCGACCCCCGGGGCUGACGGCAGGCUCGCCGCUCGCACGCCCCGGAAGGGGCCGGGGCGAUCCCGGUGAGGGAAACACCUCCCCAAAUAAACACAGGAAUCAGG